CAUUUCUUUUCAAUUCCUUAAACGCCUUUUCCCACUGCUGCUAAAAUAAAAUAAAAUAAAACUCCGCCCUUUACCAACUAUUCCACGUCUUCUCUUUCACUCCACAUUACCAGCAUAUCCACCAACUACAGAGACAUUUCAUAGGAAGAGAAGAGAUAGAAAGAGAGGAGAAAAGACUGAUAUUUUAGAGAGAGAAAAUAGAGAGAAGAAGAAGAUGUUGGAGUUGUGUUACAAGCCGCUGGAGCGAUUCUUCGGCGGCGGCGCGUGCGGCGGAGGAAGUGGCGGCGACGGACUGCUUUGGCACAUGGACUUGAAGCCUCAUGCCGGCGGUGACUAUUCGAUCGCAGUUGUUCAAGCUAAUUCCUCACUUGAAGACCAGGGCCAAGUCUUCACCUCCCCCUCCGCCACCUACGUCGGCGUUUACGACGGCCACGGCGGCCCCGAAGCCUCUCGUUUCAUCAACAACCGCCUCUUCCCUUACCUCCACAAGUUUUCUUCGGAACAAGGAGGAUUGUCUGCAGGUGUGAUAAAGAAGGCCUUUGAUGCUACUGAAGAGGAAUUUUUGCAUUUGGUCAAGCGAUCAUGGCUAGCUCAGCCUCAAAUUGCUUCGGUUGGGUCUUGUUGUCUAGUUGGGGCGAUUUCAAAUGACAUUUUGUAUGUGGCCAAUCUUGGGGAUUCGAGGGCGGUGCUUGGGCGAAGAGUAUCAGAUGGGCCAACGAGAAAUUCGACCACAGUGGUGGCAGAGCGGUUAUCAACGGAUCAUAAUGUUGGGGUUGAGGAGGUGAGGAAGGAAGUUGAGGCUCUUCAUCCCGAUGAUUCCCACAUUGUGGUAUAUUCUCGUGGAGUUUGGCGAAUUAAGGGCAUAAUUCAGGUGUCCAGAUCAAUUGGCGAUGUUUAUCUGAAGAAACCUGAGUUUAACAGAGACCCUCUUUUCCAACAAUUUGGAUCAGCAGUUCCUUUAAAAAGACCCGUAAUGUCAGCAGAGCCUUCUAUAUUGGUUAGAAUGUUAAGGCCACAGGACUUAUUCUUGAUAUUUGCAUCAGAUGGCCUCUGGGAACAACUGAGUGAUGACUUUGCCGUUGAAAUUGUCAUGAAAAAUCCUAGAGUCGGAAUAGCAAAGCGAUUGAUUAAAGCUGCACUUCAGGAGGCUGCAAAGAAAAGAGAAAUGAGCUAUGAUGACAUAAAAAGAAUUAGAAAGGGGGUUAGGCGGCUUUUCCACGAUGAUAUCACAGUGAUUGUGAUAUAUCUUGAUCAUCAACAAGGCUCUCCAAGCAGCAGUAAAUGCAAGGAUUAUCGCAUGGUCGAUUGCACUAGCACCCCGGUUGAUAUUUUCUCACUUAAUUCCGAUGAAGGAGAUAACACACUUUGUACAUCUCGUUAAACAGUCCUUGGCACUUUGUGUUGCCCUGUAAAUACAAUAAAUUUUAUUCAAACCGGGGAAUAUAUGGAAUUGAAGAUAAGAAUUAGAAGGAGGAGAUGUACAUAUAAAUAUUGUGAAGGAGGGAUGACAGACUGAAGCUGCUGACUUCCCCGGCUUGGGUUUCGACCUCAUUUGACUUCUUUUUUUUUUUUUCUGUAUUUAUUGUUCCAUUUAAGUGAGAUUGAACCACAAAUGUUUUUUCUCA